UGGCUCUGCUGGCCCAACCCACCAGGAGAUGCUUUAUUUAAACAGUUCCAAGUAAGGGAGACCAGCUGACCCUGAACCCCAGAACAACCAACUGGAUCAGUUCUCACAGGAGCCACAGUGCAGAGACUGGGAAACAUGGUUCCAAAAUUGUUCACUUCCCAAAUUUGUCUGCUUCUUCUGUUGGGGCUUAUGGGUGUGGAGGGCUCACUCCAUGCCAGACCCCCACAGUUUACGAAGGCUCAGUGGUUUGCCAUCCAGCACAUCAAUGUGAACCCCCCUCGAUGCACCAUUGCAAUGCGGGUAAUAAAUAAUUAUCAACGGCGUUGCAAAAACCAAAAUACUUUUCUUCGUACAACUUUUGCAAAUACAGUUAAUGUUUGUCGUAACCGAAGUAUACGCUGCCCUCAUAACAGAACUCUCCACAAUUGUCAUCGUAGUAGCUACCGGGUGCCUUUACUCCACUGUGACCUCAUAAAUCCAGGUGCACAGAAUAUUUCAACCUGCAGGUAUGCAGACAGACCAGGACGGAGGUUCUAUGUAGUUGCAUGUGAAAGCAGAGAUCCACGGGAUUCUCCACGGUAUCCAGUGGUUCCAGUUCACCUGGAUACCAUCAUCUAAGCUCCUGUAUCAGCACUCCUCAUCAUCACUCAUCUGCCAGGCUCCUCAAUCAUAGCCAAGAUCCCAUCCCUCCAUGUACCCUGGGUAUCAGCAUCUGUCCUCUUCAGUCUCCAUACCACUUCAGGUUUCCUGAACUGAAGUGCCUUGUGAACCCCACAAUAAACUGCUUUGCAAAUUCA